CUGCUUUUCUUCUCCCCUGCAACUCCCAAAAGCCCCCAAGCUGCCGACUCCCCUUCCCUUGAGAAAAACUAGUAAGAAGCUUGGAUUUUCCCCUUAUUUUCUUGUUCAAGAACAAGAUUUGGAGCCUUGAAAUCUUCCCCCCUGCAAGAAGCUUUCGAAUCUGCUCUGCUCUGCUUCUUCCGUCCACUGCUCUACCGUGUGUGGGGGUGUGAUUUGCUCCCGUUUCUGGUAAGAAACAGCCAUGAAUCUCCCUUCUCCAGCUUUAAUUAACUUGGGUUUACUCUAAUUUUGUGUUGUUCCUUCAAUGUUGGGUUGAUCCCGUGAGUUUCCCUACACUGCCGCCGGCUUCCCCAAACUGCAGCUCCGCAUGCUAUGAGUUUAAUUAAGGGCACUCCAUAUUUUACUUACUGAGUUUAUCUCAUAGUUUUUCCUUGUCCACCAUUUCAGGAAGCGAAGCCGAGGACGGGGAAAUCACGAGAGGUGACGAGUUAGAAGGCUAGCCAUUUCGAGAUUGAUAUAGAUUUUAGAAAUAAAUCAUGCUUUUGUAAGAUAGAUUUUACCUUGAAUUUAUGAGAUCAAAACAGAGUUCAGUCAUUAGAUCAAUUACUUGGAUUUAAGUCAUUUUGGUUAUAGAAAUAAAUUGAGAUGUUUGAUUUAAAUUAUUGGAUUGUCAGAUGUGAAUUGGAUAAGUUCCGAGCCUUGUGCAUUUGUGGGACCCUCUCACAAAUGCAUGACGUUUGCCGCGCCUCAGAUUUGGGUUCUGGGGCAUGACAAAUUAAGUGGUAUCAGAGCUUAGGAUUUGUUUAGAACUUGGCUAGCCAAUAGAUUUUAGAACCGUGGUGAGACAAGUGAUGAGGUAUAUAAGGGACGAUUCUGAUUUAUGUUGCCUGAAUUUCCUAAUCCAUUUUGAUGAGAUGGUAAUCCAAUUGUUCUUGUUCCCUGCCUUCAUACCCUGUGUAGAUUCAUGACAUUAAUCUUGUCCGCCAUGUUCUGAAGACCUUGUUUUGAAACUUGGUCAUUUUCUGAUAGUGUGCACUUGUUUAGACUUGAAUAGAAUUUUUGUAUGUUUUUUUGCCACAAUUGUAGAAUCUGGGGAGUUGCAGAGAUCUUUUGUUAAUGAUCCUGUUGGUCUCUACAGCAUAGUUGGUUGAGAAAUUUGCUCUGUUUGUCACAUGACCAGUGGAAGAUGGGCAACCCUUUACUUUGAUGACUUGAUUUUAAAUCUGCUUAGCCUCCAUGGGCUACGAGGUGAAGGGGUAGUCUUUGAAGUACCUGAUGCCCUAGAGUUUUGUUCCAAGAGAAAUGAUCUUAACAUCCUGGUUAUAUCUGCUCUUGAAUCCGUGUUCUGGUUGUCAUUAUUGAAAUCUCUUUUGUGGGCCUAAUCCUUGAAUUCUAUUGCUUGUUUCGUGGUUAACUCUUGUCUGUCAAUUUUGAUUGCUUGGUUAAAUUUGAUCUUGAUUCUUGGUGAAUGUCGUUUUGUUGCUGAAAUUUUUGAGGCAUUCUACCUUGCACUCUUAUGUUCCAGUAUUCUUCCAAACAUUCAUAUUUUCCAUUGAUUUCAUUCUGAAGCUAUUCUGGAAAUUUCACAUGUCAUUUGAUGGGUCUAGCUUUUAACUCUUGUUAAUUGCUAAAAUCUGUCUUUUGAUUCCAGUUGUUUUGUUAAACAUGAUCUUACUUAUUGGUUAACCUUGUUUUGUGGCAGAAUGUAUAAGGCAUCCAUGCACUUGUUCAUUCAUUCAUGGUCCAUAUAUCCAUUGGAUGCUUAUCCGUCUUUGAUAGAGUUCAAAGUUUUGUUGUACGUGUCUUUAAAUCCAUGCCAUUCUUUGCCAACUCGUCUUGUGUUGGGUUCAUAGUGUAACCCCACAACUGUUCUUUUGUAGCCUUGGCAGGAUUUAUUUUUAUUCCUUGUCCUUCCCAUAUCACCCCAGCCUCUAGUAGCUUGUUCAUGAGUGGCGCAGCGGAAGCGUAGUAGGCUAUGUUCUAUUCAUAAAGAGUUGGCGAGGCAUUUGUUUUGUCUUGGAUUGUGUGAAGCCAUUCACCAGUCUAGAUGGUUCUUAAUGUGAGUUCUGGGGACAAAACUCCUUUUUAGGAGGGGUGAAUGUAAUAUCCCAAAAUUUAUGGAAUUUUAAUAUUAAGUUAAGGACUUGAUUAUGAGGAAAUGCUGUUUUGGGACUUAAUAGCAAAAUUUUUAAAUUUCAAGGGGCUUAAAAGUGAAAGAUAAUAGGAUAAGGAUCGGAGGAUUUUUCUUCUUCCCAGCCUUGCACGUUUCUGCUCUUCUUCUCCCCUGCAGCUCCCAAAAGCUCCCAAGCUGCCGACUCCCCUUCCCUUGAGAAAAACUAGUAAGAAGCUUGGAUUUUCCCCUUAUUUUCUUGUUCAAGAACAAGAUUUGGAGCCUUGAAAUCUUCCCCCCUACAGGAAGCUUUCGAAUCUGCUCUGCUCUGCUUCUUCCGUCCACUGCUCUGCCGUGUGUGGGGGUGUGAUUUGCUCCAGUUUCUGGAAGCGAAGCCGAAGACAGGGAAACCACGAGAAGUGACGAGUUAGAAGGCUAACCAUUUCAAGAUUGAUAUAGAUUUUAGAAAUAAAUCAUGCUUUUGUAAGAUAGAUUUUAUCUUGAAUUUAUGAGAUCAAAACAGAUUUCAGUCAUUAAAUCAAUUACUUGGAUUUAAGUCAUUUUGGUUAUAGAAAUAAAUUGAGAUGUUUGAU